AGGUUCGUCGAGGCCCAGGACGCCCGCUCCGGCGCUGUGGACAAACCGCUGGUGCUCUGGCUGAACGGGGGCCCCGGUUGCAGCUCCCUAGACGGACUUCUGACCGAGCACGGCCCUUUCACGGUCCAGCCAGAUGGGGCCAGCUUGAAGUACAAUGAAUACGCCUGGAAUAAGCUCGCCCACAUCGUGUACCUGGAGUCCCCGGUUGGCGUUGGCUACUCCUACUCCGAUACCCAAGAUUACCAGACCAACGACACGGAGGUGGCCCGUGUCAACUACCUGGCCUUGAAAGAGUUCUUUGGCCUGUUUCCAGAGCACCGCAACAGAGACCUUUACCUUGCCGGAGAAAGCUAUGGGGGGAUCUACAUCCCCACCCUGGCGGAGUGGGUCAUGCAGGACCCCAGCCUCAACUUGAAGGGGAUCGCGGUGGGCAACGGGCUCUCCUGUUACGAGACCAACGACAACUCCCUGGUUUACUUUGCGUACUACCACGGCCUCCUGGGGAAUCGGCUCUGGACGGACCUGCAGCGCUACUGCUGCUCCCAGGGGAAGUGCAACUUUCACAAAAACCCCAACACGAACUGCACGAUUGCCAUGUCGGAGACGAUCCAUAUUGUCGACGAGUCGGGCCUCAACAUUUACAACCUUUACGCCCCCUGUGCUGGUGGAGUGCCAGGAAAAUACCGGGACCUGGACGGGGUCAUUGUCACGCACGACCUGGGCAACACCUUCAUCUGGCAGCCGCUGCGUAGCGCCUGGAGGCAGAAUCUGCUGAACCUGCAAGUUGCCAAGAAGGUGCGGCUGGACCCCCCUUGCAUUAACACUACGGGCCCCACCCUCUACCUGAACAACCCUGACGUGCGCCACGCUCUGCACAUUGAGGAUGACGCACCGGCGUGGGAGAUCUGCAGCUUCACCGUCAGCCGCGGCUACAAGCGCCUCUACAUGAACGUGAACGACCAGUACCUGAAGCUGCUCAGCACUGGGAAAUACCGCAUCUUGCUGUACAACGGGGAUGUGGACAUGGCCUGCAACUUCCUGGGGGACGAAUGGUUUGUGGAGUCCUUGCAGCAAAAGGUGGAGGUGGCCCGGCGGCCCUGGAUCUUCACAGAUGAGGACGGCCAGGAGCAGAUCGGGGGCUUUGUGAAGGAGUUCACCAACAUCGCUUUCCUUACUGUCAAGGGCGCUGGCCACAUGGUGCCCGCUGACCAGCCACGAGCGGCCUUCAACAUGCUUAAGCGGUUCCUCACCCGGCAGCCCUUCUAAGCCCAGAGCUCAGGGAGAGCCUCUUUGCUGGGGAGACCUGCUGCCUCUGCAGAAGGCCGGGGGGGCUUGGUCCCCUUGGCCAGGGCCUCUGCACGGAGGAGGUCUUCUUGCACGGCUUCCGUCUUCCCUCAUCCUUCUCUGCACAUUUGCACUGUCCUCAGGGAGGAAGAAGUUCCCCUUCGUUCUCGUCCCUGGAGGGACCGUUUCUCAGCCUUGGUUCUCGGUUGCUCUUGGAGGAGGGUCUGGAUCUGAGGCCAAGAGCCUUGGUUUCUGGCCCAGGCAAGGGAUUAAACUACUAUUUUUCUAAAGGAAA